GGGGGCGCAGUGGGAGUCAUUUCUUCACUAGUUCUCUCCCAGUAACAGGAGGAGCAUUCUGGGAUUUCAGUAGUGCUCACUCAGGAAAGACGGACAUGCGGACCAGCGUCCAGCGUCCCGAGGACAAGUAGCACACUUCUCCCUGUGCAUGUGCUGCGGCGACCAGAGAGGAGAUAAACGCGUCAUCGGUGGACACUUUUGUUCUUUUGUGACAGAAUGGCUGGAGCUAAGUGUCUCUUGAAAACACCGAGUAACUUUCAGUCGACAGCCAUGUUUGAAGGCUCAGAGUGUGUUCAGGAGGAGGAGGAGGGCGGCAGCACUGGCAGCACCGUGGCUUCAUCCAUCAGCGCCUGUAAGAAGGUGCUGUGCAGUAACAGCGUGCUGGACUCGUCCGACUACUGGCUGAAGAAUGACAAAACGCUGUGCAGACUGGGGCUUUUGGACGACGACACAGAGGGCAGCUGCACCACGAUUUGUUUUGUGAAUUUCGACCCUCAAAAAACAGACUGUCGCAAUGACAAAAUUUUCAAGAAACUGGCCUCCGUGUCUCCUGAUCUGCCAAAGCUGGUUGAAUUACUCACUGUCCACCAGCCCAGAGAAAAUGAGAUCCUACUGUUCGGUGGCCUGGAAGCCUCAGACUCCUGCCAAACGCACCCACACUCACGCCCCCAGCAGAGAAGUACGGGUGUGUGCUUGGUUCAGUGUUGGGGAAAGAGACAGACCAUCCAACCUGGAGGAAUCAUCUUUGAAAUCAACAAGUUUCUGAUUGGUUUACAAUGGGGAAGAGAGCAUCAGCAUCAGCAUCAGCAGGGUGGAGCUGCUGGGCAGCGAUUGGAGGAUGAUACCAAUCGCUCCAUCUCAUCCAUAGAGGAGGACUUCACAACAGCUUCGGAACAUUUGGGAGACGACAGUGAAGACGACGGCUUCAGAAACGAGUCACAGAGUGGAGACUUGGCAGACAUCCUGGUGGAGAUGGCACAGAAACACUGUGUAAAACGUACAUGUCAAAGGGGACAGGUGGCUCAACCUCAGGGCAGGGAGGAUGUUGAUGUCAAAAGAGAAAGCCAACAGCUGCUCAGCUACCAAGUUAAGGAAUCAGCUGGUCAUUACGCCACCAAUCUGGCUGAGUCAGUACUACAAGAUGCUUUUAUACGCCUCUCUCAAGAUGAGAACUCUUUCGUCUCUGAGGUUGCUGUCAGCGUUUCCCCCACAAGUCCUCCGUCACACUUCCCCGACUCAUCAAAGACCAAACAACGCACCUGCUCUUUUGAACUCCCCAAGAUUGUCAUAGUCCAGAGCCCAGACAUUUCUGAUGGGGGGACAGAAUGGCCAGAGACUCAGCUGUCUCAUGUCCCUAACCAGGGGACUUUAGCUGAAGUCAGAGAACUACCAGAGAAAGACACAAAGGCUUAUAUUCCCCACACUUCUACAUCCAAACAUGUGGAGGUGGCUUUGGCAUGUGCUGCCAGUGUCAUUGGAACUAUUACCACUCCACAACUGACUGAGAAACUCACUAUGGACUCAGCUUCGGAGGAGGAGGAGGAGACAGAGGAAGAAGAGGAGCAGGGCCCAGGAGAGAAAGACGACUUUUCCUUUUCCUCGGCUCUGUGUAGCAUGGCCCAGGUAGCAAGUGUGGUAGCUGCUAUGGACAUUAAGUCAGAGCUGGUGGAAGGUAAAAAUUCUGGUUUGUCUGAAUCCUUUACAGCAGGUCAAGGUCUUCUGUCUGCUGCUGAGGCCUCUGCAGCCUUCACUCUGCACUGCAGCAUCACUGAGGGCACCAGUGUUGAAGCAUUCCAUACCAACAUAGCUGAGGUCCUACACAGGGAAGUGGUGGAGGUUCUUACACAGCCCCAAGGAUACAAAAGCGUGGCCCACUUGUUGGAGGUCACACAUAACAAAAUAGUAGAUGGCAUUAGAUCGCCAAAGAAGACCUGUGCAGAAGGACAAGACACGGAUGAAUUCUUAGAUGAAGUUGCAGAAAGCCUAUUUAAGCACGCUUUACAGAAAGUAAAAAGAAACAACAGGGUACAGGAUCAUGGCACAGACGCUCUGAGCCUACAGUCUGGUCUGCAGAACAGCAUCAACAAUUUACUCUUUGAAAUCCUUUGUCUGACACAGAAGAAAAUCAGUCACAUCUCCAACAAUGACCAAAGAUCAUUUGAGACACAAGAGGAUGACAAUUGUGCAGCAACAAAGGAAAACAGGCAUCCAUUCAUUCGGCUGCAGUGUUUAACUGACUACAGCCAGUCUACAAAGACUGAGAACCACAGUGACAGUCUGCACUGCACAGAUAAACUAGCAAAGGUUCCAGGGCUCAGGGACAAAUGUAUGGUUCUGGAAGGUGACUUCACUGCAUCAUUCUUCGCAGCACGUAACAAAGAACAGCAGCAGCAGACAUCAGUCAGGUUAAAUCAAUCUAUGGACUUCUCUGACCACCAGCAGGUCCAACAGGGCAAUAGUGCCACCAGAGAACCUUUGAGUGAAAUGAGAGGACGUCUUAUCACAGCAGGUAACAGCAGACAGUCCUCCUUAACACCCCAGUCCUCCUUAAGUGCUUGUAAUUCUCUGAUGUCUUCAAUAAUGGACUCAGAAUCUAGAACACCUAUUACGUGUUAUGCUGAUGAUUUGGCUACCACAGUGGUGUCUAUGGCAACCGAGUUGGCAGCCAUCUGCUUGGAGAACUCUAGUGGUAAGCAACCUUGGUUCUGUGCCCUUAAAGGAGCAACUACUGAAGGGGUAGAAGGCUAUUUAAUACCAGCCUGCCGCAGGGUGUUCAGGCGGAAAGAGUCACAGGGCAACAACACUGCCUCCAAAAAACAUCGGGCGCCACGCCUCAGUGAGAUCAAGAAAAAAACAGAGGAGCAACCAGAACUGAUGGAGCGACUUGUGAACCGGGUGGUGGAUGAUUCAGUAAAUCUUGAUGAACCCCAGGACCCAUUUGCCCUGUUUGCCUCAGAAGUAUCAGCCAGGAUCAUGAACUGCCCUGAGCUUAAUGUAGUAGACACGUCUAAAGCUGGACAGCCACGCAGCAGGUUGCAGUGUGACAGAUGGAGCCGUGGGAAGGCAUCAAGUUAUGAGAGUAUUCCAGAAGAAGAUACAGACUCCUCGGGCUUUCAGAGCACACUGGGGCCCAACAGUCGGUUAGGUCAGAAUCUGAGUCGUGGUAGUUCAAUCUCUAAGCAGUCCAGCUGCGAGAGCAUCACAGAUGAGUUCUCUCAGUUCAUGGUUAACCAAAUGGAGACCGAGGGCAGGGGUUUUGAUCUUCUGUUAGACUAUUAUGCAGGCAAAAAUGCUAGCAACAUUCUAACUGCUGCUGUACAACAGGCCGCUUCAAAGAAAAAUGGUCACCUCAACGUCAGGGCUUCAGCCUGUCUGUCCAAACAGUCCAGCACAGAGAGUAUCACAGAGGAGUUCUACAGGUUCAUGCUCCGGGACAUGGAUAAGGAAAACAAAGACUUUGGCAUCACUAGGACUAAGGAAUGGAGCAACAGUCUGUUCCCCCCUUCUCCUCGGACACCUUUCUGCAUUCGUCAGUCCUCCGUCCCAGACCGACGCUCCUCUGACUCACGGCUAUCUGUCAGUUCACCUGUAAAGGCCAACUCUUUUGAUGGAUUUGCUCGUAAUGUGCAUGGGGAUACAUUAAGCAUCUAUCCAACGCCAUCGGUGUCAUUCUUGGGACUGUGUAAGUCAGACUCCUGCCUCUAUCAAAAGGGUAAAACUGACCAGAUUACGGAUAUGCUGAUUCACGAUACUUGGACAAACUCUAUUGAAUCACUGAUGAGAAAGAACAAAAUCAUUGCUGAACCAGAGGACAGUGUCGACCUAGAAGCUCAUGGUGAAUCCCAGCCUCACGUGCAGCUGUUUGCCAAUCGCCUGGCAGCGGACAUAGUAGAUGUGGGCAGGUCUGCACUGGGAGCCCAGCAAGAUGUGGCUGGGGGUUUGCCUGUAUCUCACCCACUUCCUGUUGGUGAAAGAAGGAGGGGGUUCAAACAAUCUCAUCACAGCUGUACUCAAAGUAGAACCAGCCAGGAGCAAGCUGGACCCAGUGUCGGAUCAUCGGGUCAUGACGUCAAUGCCACCUACACGCGAGGACCUAGAGAUGUACCACUAAUCCACAUUGAAGGAGAUCAGAAGGAUGAAGAAAAUGUAUUGAACCAAGAAAGGUCCAAAGGAAGACUACAACAAAGACCAGGAGACGUGUCAACGUCAAAACACACUGAAAGAGCUGCACCCAAACAAAACAGUGAGAGGGACAAGUCUGCCGCGGCGGUGGCUGCAGUAGUGAAGAGGGACAAGCGUUCACUGAGUGCUAGCAGUGAAGAAAGCUGGUCCCAUAUAAGCCCCGAUGAUGACCCCCCUGAGGAGACCAGUAGUUUUAUCCAGCUGAGUGAGGGAACGGGGAACAGCAGUGCAUCCAGCCUGGGAAUGGCAGACCUGGAUACUUUUUAUGAUGUUCCCACCCAGGGCACUGUAAUCAGUAAGGAAACCCAGGAAGGCCGUCUGACAGGAGCCAAAGAGAAUAUUUUUGAGAGCAGCUGUGUGAGGGCAGCAGGCAGUGGUGGGAACCUCACAGAGCUCUUGGUGAUCAACUGUGACCUGGAGUCAAAGUGUUUGGACUCAGAGCUGAGCGUUGCCCUGCAGUGGAUCGCUGCCUCCGAGCUAGGCUUUCCUGUACUUUGCUUAAUGAAAUCCAAAGAAACGAAGGCUGAAAAGUUUCAGAGAGUGGUCCACCUCAUGUCCCAGAGGUCAUGGCGGGUUGCAGACCUCUUCAGAGCAGUGCUUCAGUUCUGUCAGCUACAGGAAGAAGAGGAAGUGAAGGGCCUGUUUGAUUGGCUUUUGGAGACUCUGUUGACCUGAAAAUCUCAUCUAUCCUGCACAGAAAAAACGCACACUCACAGGCAGCGCUUACACGUUCCUGACUGUUUGUUCACAGAGCUACACCAAACAGUCAAUACAACCAUCAUACAUGUUGUUCCACACGAUAUGGAAAAUGUGUUUUCUUAGUUAGUUUGAAGCCAUACAAAAAUCAUAAAGUCUCCCUUUAAAAAGAAAGAUCUGUGUGAGUGUGAGACAGGGAAUGAUCAGGAAUGAUCUUUAGGACAACACCACAUCAGCAGGUUCUCACUGCUUCAGAAAAAAAAAUGUAUUUAUGCUUUAUCAGAAUUGUGUAUUUAUUUAUUUCAAAGUAACACAUACAGUAUAAACAAAGUACAAUAAUGUAGAAUUAUGUUCACUUUUAUGCAAAUCUGCAAAGACACUAAAAAUAUUUGUAUAAAAAGAAGCUGAAGAAAUGCAAGCUCACAAAGGUCCAUUCUUUGUUUAACAAUUAAAUACAAUUCUUCGUGCAUCUCAACACUGAGCUCUAGUGUCUGUUUAAAGUGUGGUCGUCUUGUUCACGUUACUUGGAACCUUGAAUAUUUUUGAAUAGCGGUACGGUACGGUACUGUACUGUACUGUAAAUGCUGUAGAUUUGGAGCUGCUGCAUUUUGGAGAAGUGACGUUUAGCUUUUACUACUGUAUGUUAAAAAAAGACAAUGUUUGAAUUUGUACUGUACUGUACUGUACUGUUGUUUCUCUACAGUUACAUGGAUCAAGGAGGGAAUGUGUGGAGGUGUGGGACUUAGCAGUAGAACUGAAUGUAUUAACCUGUUGACAUGAAUAAAAAUCUGUGACGUA